CUUGGACCGUGUACCAACACAACGAACUGAAUCCCUUCCGUCUCCCUGAGAGUGAGAGAGAGAGAGAGAGAGAGAGAGAGGCAUCCCAUCCAUGGCGGCUUCGAAGCUCCAAGCGUUCUUGAACCACCCGGCCGGACCUAAAACCAUUCACUUUUGGGCACCAACUUUCAAAUGGGGCAUCAGCAUAGCCAACAUUGCCGACUUCUCCAAACCACCAGAAAAGCUUUCAUAUCCUCAGCAAAUAGCGGUUGCAUGCACUGGAAUUAUCUGGUCACGUUAUAGCACUGUAAUCACCCCGAAGAAUUGGAACCUUUUUAGUGUAAGUUUUGCAAUGGCAGGGACGGGACUCUACCAACUUUCACGCCAAAUAAGGCAUGAUUAUUUCUCCAAUGAAGAAGUACCUGUUGCACAAGAAUGAUGAC